GCAAGGCGUGAGGAUCGGUGCCAAGCAGUAUUAAAAAAAAGAAUGGCACCGGAUCGCAUUGCCUGGUUGCUGUUGUCGUUGCUGGUGCAGCUCGGUUUGUUCUACCGGCCCGGAACCGGUGCACCACUGACCAACGAACACUGUGAUCCUGUCCGUGGGGUACUGCUAGCCCCGGAGGAUUGUGGCCAGUACCGUAAUCAGCUAAACAACGAGACGGACCGCAUCUGCUGCCCGGUGUUUCAGAAUGAACCAAACUGCGGCCAGGUUUCGCGCUUUGACGCCACGGCCGUCAUCUACGAUAGCCGCGAGACGCACCUGGAUCAGUUCCCGUGGGCCACCAUCAUUAUGCCGCGCUGGCAGUGGAAGAACAGCUGCAGUGGUUCGCUCAUCAACCGACACUUUGUCCUUUCGGCGGCCCAUUGCUUCCAGCCGGACAUGAGACUAACUAACAAGAGCCCCGAGCCGGCGUACCGGGCCGUGUUUGGCGAUUGGGACUUGUUCACAGACGAGGACUGUAAGUACGUGCGAGGGGAGCUGUUCUGCAACGGCCCCGUCCGGAACAGUCUGAUCGCUCGCAUCCUUAACCAUCCACUGUACGAUCACUGGACUGAUCAGUUCCUGCACGAUAUUGCGCUGCUCAAGCUGAAACGGCCACUAGUCGAGUACGAAAGUCACAUCGGACCGGUCUGCCUGCCGAGCUACUCGUCCGUGAUGCCGGAGAUUGCCGGACGGAACUUCACGGCCACGGGUUGGGGGAAAACGCGCACCUGGGGUGGAAUGCGACGGAAGAUCAAGGUGUCGAUGAUCGCCCGGAAUGUGAGUGUUUGUGGGAGAGCAUACGGCAUCCACCGACCGGAAGUGGCCCAGGUACAGCUGUGUGUUGGUGGCCAAUGGUGGAAAGACGUGUGUAAUGGAGACUCGGGUGGUGCGUUGAUGCACCGUGAGGCAGAGUCUAAUCGGUGGACUCAGGUCGGUAUCAUCAGUUUCGGUUCGAAGGACUGCGGUAAACCGCUGCCGGGAGUGUACACCAAUUUGGCGCGUUAUACCGAUUGGAUUCAGGCCGGGAUUGAGACGCUAAUGGUGGGUGAUGAGCAGCAAACGGAAGCCAGCUCAACAACGGAAGUGACGCCCUCGACGGAAGCUACAUCUGAAUCGCAAAGUGACGAAUCCCAGUGAUAAGCUGAUCAGUAGAAACAGCCAAUAAAGAUGACUUCUGUUCAUACUAAAGUACUUCAUGAUUGCACUCUCAAUGGUCGUAUAGAGUAUCGCAACUCGUUGCGGCGUUGCGAAAAGCACACACAUCCACACAUCCAUUUUCCCAACUCUAGUCAGGUUGUCCAAUUUGUUGCGCAGCGCGCCUACUCGCGUCGACGCCCGGGGACAUAUAGAUCGAUCGAAGGGCCCACCAGGUGGUGCACACAACCGGUGGGCCACCGGUUU